GCCGUGUUAACGCGUGCGGCGAGCAUGAGCGCCGUCCCCAGCGCGUCGGGACUGAAGGAUGCUGUCGGUGCUGGCGGAGGCGGUGUGCCACCCGUCAAGGGAGGAUCCGACGACAUCGGCAUUGGCGGACCCAGCCGCCGUUGGGGGAAGGGCAAGGAGAAUGUCCCACCCCCAAAGGACGAGAAUGCGUGCGCCGAGGGUUCGCGCAAGCGUCUUCGUGUGAGCAGGAGGGAGAGCAGCUCGACGCCGGGACGGACGCGCUCGGCGUCCGUCGCCAGUGUGCGUAGCGAGACAGCCAGCAUCGCGUCGGUCGGCCCUUCGUCCAGCUCGUCCCGUCCAAGCUCCUGGGCGGCGCGCACGCCUUCGUGCCUGCCUUCGCCUUCCCCCUCGCCCUCGACGGCCACUUCCAUGUCGUUUGACUGCUUCGAAUCGCCCCAGACCGACUCGCUCGACAUUAUCGAGGUGCUCGAUGACGCCGGGGUCAUGGACGUCGACGAUGACUCGGACACUGAUGUUGAGCUCGAGACGAUACCGACCAAGAAGGGCAAGGCGACCAGCAAGCGCGUCCUCGCCGCACGAGCCCGCGCCGGUAUCCGCCCCCAGACGACUACGGGCGUAGUCACGACGCCUCCAGAGGGCUCUCCGGUUAACACGGAACUCGCCAAUGCCAUCGAGAUGAUCAACGUGAGGGGCAAGGGUACGAGCCGCCGCACGACCAUCAGCCCUGUUCGUGAGCUACGCUCAGAGGAGGCAACGACCGAGUCCGACGACUCGUCGGCCCCCCGCACCUUCUCCAACGCGUACCGUGCUCUCAAGGCUUCCCUCCGCCUCUCGUCCACCCAAGCGGCACCCCAGCACUCGGCUACGUCGGUCAUUGUCGGUCGCGAGGACGAGAAGGCCAUCCUCCACUCGUACCUCUCCCUCGUCUCGUCUGCCGACGUCGGCAUGUACAUCUCUGGCCCUCCCGGCACUGGCAAGACGGCGCUCACGACAGCGCUUGGUCGUGAGCUUGCACUCAACGGCUGGCGCGUUGUCGAGGUCGGCGUGAUGGGCCUCCGCGCCGCCGACGUGUGGUCGCGUCUUGGCGAGGACCUCGGCUGCGGCAAGAGCGAGGCGGAUGUCACUGCCCACCUCAAGGCCAUCAAGCAGAACGUUUUCAUCAUUCUCGACGAGCUCGACUCGCUCCUUCCUCCUCCAGGGAUGCUCUCGGCCGCCACAUCGCACACCCUCUCGCGCUUGUUCGCUCUCCCCCUCCUGUCCUCGUCCGGCCGCAUGGUCAAGCUCGUCGGCAUCAGCAACACGCUGGACUUGACUGUCCGUGCCAACCUGGUGCUACCCGAGGGUGCCCGCCCCCAGGUUCUCCCCUUCAAGGCGUACGGCGCAUUGGAGAUGACCAACAUUGUGGCGGCCAGGCUGGCGUCGGCUACCAACGGUCUCGAUGCCGCGCAGGUGGACACCAACGCUGCCCAGCUGCUUUGCCGCAAGGUCGAGGCUCAGAACGGUGACCUGCGCAUGUGUUUGAGUGUGCUCUCCGACGCCGUCAGCCUGGCCGAGGCUGAGUGGAUCAAGAAGAAUGCUGGUUCGGAGACCCCCCGCCCCCUGGUCAAGGUUUCGAUGCCCCACGUCCUCAAGGCGUUCCAGUCGCACACGAACAAGCUGCGCGCUGCGGCCGGUUCGUCGUCCACUGCAUCGGCCUCCCCAACAACCAACAAGAUCCGUUCCGUCCCGCUCCAGGGCCGAAUGGUCCUCGUCUCGCUUCUUGUCUUCAUCCUCCGCACGCGUACUGGUCUCGCGCCGUGCCCGACUGGCACUGCCUCGGACGCACUCACGGCCUCGACCCUCUACGCCACCUACGCCCACCUUCUCAGCCACGACGCGUCGCCGUUCCCGCCGUCUUCGGAGAGCGACUACCGCGACUUGGUGUCCAACCUCGAGACGCUUGGCCUCGUGUCUCUUUCGCAGGACGGGCGUCGUGCGCGCAGCUUGGCGUCUGGUCCCAGCCCACGUAUCGAGCUCCGCGUUCGUGAAGCCGAAGUCAAGGGCGGCCUGGGUCUCGGCGUCAAGGGCGGCGUCGGCCUCGCUGAGGAGGAGGUGCAGCGUGUUUGGGCGCGUGAGGAGGCGCGUGUGUCGCGUGUCAAGGCGAGGUCUGAAGCGAUCAUUGAGCGUGCCGCGCAGGGCAUUGCCGUGGCGGAGUAG